AAAUAAAUAGCUGUCAAACACUUUCGGCUGUUUUCACUUCGCAUCGCAGCCGUGGCCAAAAAGUCGCUUCAAUUUCCCUCUGACGUGUUUCCAUUCCCGGAACAGAUUUUACUGUUUUCCGUACAAAUUCCGUGAUAAAUUCGACAUUUCAGCAUGUUCAACAUUGCAACGCAUAUGGACUUUGAGGGCCAGGGCCGCGCCGAGAAGUUGUCCCGAGUGAUCAUCACCCUGUUUGGGGCCGUUGGCCUCAUCUGGGGCUACAUCAUCCAGCAGUUUUCGCAGACGGUGUACAUCCUGAUUGCCGGAGUUCUGCUGGCCUCGAUUCUUACCAUUCCACCGUGGCCGAUUUAUCGCCGCAAGCCAUUGAACUGGCAGAAGCCCCGCCCAGAACCGCAACCGACUGCCGGUGGAACGGAAACCGAGUCCGCGAAGAAGAAAAAGAAAUAGUUUAUAAGACCGUACGUUUUGGAUAAGAAUUAAACACUAAUGGAAACUUAA